CCCAGGCACACACUGCUCGCCGUCUCUCCCCUCACCUCCACAUUACUCUUCAGGCCACAACCGGUCACCCAGCUCCACCAAGACACCUCGCAGUCUCCUGUAUAGUGUUUUAUUGUCGAGUGGCGUAUUACUACCCCGAGUGUGUGUGUGAACCAGUGACAGUGGUGGAGGAGGAACUGAGUGCACUGCUACCAAGAUUGACUCCAACCACGGUGGACUGGGAGUGACGCGAGUGUCAACUUCUCAAGGGUCAGGCAGACUGAAGUAGGACUUGAAGCGUUUGAAGAGCGAACCUCUCGAGCGAUGAGAGUGUUUGAGUCGCAAGGCUGCCAUCGCGUGUCCACCCUCCAGACUGAGAGAGUCAUGACUAAACGCCAGUGAUACAUGACUGCUACUUGUCGAGGCUCACUUGGUUGCCUCUUCGUUCCUCACUUGAGACAGUGAGGGGAUAUACCCGGCCCAGGGUGACGUGUGAGCCUCCCUCUCCCACACGCCCUCAAGGGCUCUCAUUACCUGAGGGCUCCCACCUCCAUGCUCUUGGCGCGUCCUUCCGUAUACACGGCUCACUGCGUUGACUCACGCCACACCUGCCUUUAUGAACCACGUGCAACAUUAGCUCAAAUCAAAAUUUACUUGACAAGGAUUCUCUACGAUAAACAUUGUGAACUUUUACUGUGAGCCUGAGGUGUUGAGCCGUGAGCCUGGCCGAGCUGAAGGUCUUCCCCUCCCACAGGAGCUACCACCACCACUUCCACGACGGCUCGCACGACCCUCAACACCUCGGCCAUCUUGCUUAUAAUUCCCAGCACGCCCAUCCACUCCAACACGUACACACUAUGAUGAUGUCUGGCGGCAUGCCACCCACAGCGGGCGGUAUGGGUGUUAUGGGCGUGAUGGGCGGCUACCUGAGUGGCGGAAGGGAGUACCUAGAAGGUGGCACCGUGGCUGUGGACCCUUCUGUGUGGGUGCCACCCUUCUGGGACGACCCACAUCUGCCUGAUGGGCACCUGCACGACCCGGGCAUGGGCGAGGCCUCCCACAUGGGUGAACCCACCACCAUGGGCGACGUGGGACCCGCCGACAUCAUGGACGCCUUCCCCCCACAGCAACAACAUGACUACAUCAUGGGCGAGUCCGUGGUGGUGAAGGAGGAGGAGAUCCUCAAGGACGACUACAAGUACAAGGAUGAAUAUUACAAAUACAAAGGAAACUAUGCCAAGUAUGUGAAGGAAGAUGGCUACCUCAAGGAAGAGACACCUUACAUCGAGAGCGGAGGAGGAGAAGGAGGAGGAGGAGGCGGUGGUGGUGGAGGAGGAGCGGGGGUAGACAGCACAGUUCAAGUCGGAAGUGGAGGAGGAGGAGGUCUAGUUGGCGUGGGAGGUUCUCCCUCAACCUCUAUCUCGUCCUCCAACACUCCCUCUUCCAACAGCUCCUUGACAGGGUCCUCACUCCACCCCCCUCUGACCUCCCCUCACGUGCAGCAGCUGAGUUCCCUGUGUCCACCCUUCCCCGAGGCCCACCUCACCUCCCUCUCCGGACACAAAGACGACCCAGACAAAAAGGGCAGCCAUGGCGGAGAGAAGGGCAAGAGCGGUGAUGGACCCAAACCUAAGACUAAGAGAAAACCUCGUGUCCUCUUUUCCCAGGCUCAGGUAUACGAGCUGGAGCGGAGGUUCAAGCAACAGCGGUACCUGUCAGCGCCUGAGCGCGAGCACUUGGCGGGUCUACUCAAGCUCACCUCCACACAGGUCAAGAUCUGGUUCCAGAACCGCCGGUACAAAUGCAAGAGGCAGCGACAGGACAAAAACCUCGAGAUGAGCACUGCAGCUGCCGCCGCUGCCGCCUCCAUGGCUUCCGUCACCUCCCCCCGCAGAGUGGCCGUCCCGGUGUUGGUGCGUGACGGGAAACCAUGUCCUGGAGGAUACCCGCCCGCUUACCCCCCCGCCUACACCCCCCCACAGUACUCACCCCCGGCCUACCAGUGCCCGUACACCGGACAGACAGCAGCCUACCCGCAGACUCAGACGUUCAACCAGCAGACACUUCGCACCUGGUGAUGCGGGCAGCGGCAGGACCGAGAAGUGGACGGCUACCACUACCACGCCGCUCCAACUAACACAUCGAUUGUUCCUAGUGCCAGAGAGGACACACAGCGAGCAACCACACGCGUUAUGUUCUUAGUGCAGGAAAGUGAGAGCAAGAAAACGUGUGUCUUCUUGCACUCUACGUGUAGGGAAGGAAAGUGAGCAAGAAAAAUAUGAAAUAUGUCCUUCCAGUGUGAGGAGAAGUUUGAUAUUGUUUUCGCUCAUACGAAACACGUGAAAGACGAGGAAAAUAAAUUAAGAUGUCUGUUAAGGAAGUACCAGCUUUCCCAUAGUACCUGGUAACCGGAUGGCUGCAUCAGGCCCACACACUCCUCUACCUGGCGAGAAAGACGAAAAGGAACACUUCAACAGAAUUGUUAGACACAUCGUGCCAAGUAAGGCGGUGAAGACGAGUCAGUUGAAGCACGCUCUCUUGAUGCCACAACACCCACCUCCCCAUACUGGGCAGGUCGGGAACUGUUCGUCUCUCACGGCGGAAUAGUUGGUUCUACGACGUGUUUAUCUUACCUUUGUUAAUUCCGGGUUUAGAAAUUAUCAGAAACGAUAUGAUCAAUUUUGUGUUCUCUUUACUCCUUGUUAAGGGCAGGACACCCACAAGGAAAUAAUAUUAUUUAAGGAAACGUAGUGUCCUCAUUAUUAAUGAAGUAAAAGAAUAAAUACGAUAGAGAAGAAAUGUUAAAAAAAAUCUUCAUGUACAGUACAAAGAGGAAAUUGACGUUGUCAUGCCAUUUUCUGCAGGAAAAGACUGAAACAUAAUACAAUUAUAUUACAAUAAUUAAACAAAAAAUAAUUAUAAUUAAAAAUAAUAAUACAGAAAUGUAAUGGAAGCUCCUUCGAAGCAUCAAGGAAAUGUCAUAAUUUUUGAAGGGAAAGAAACAAAAGGGAAGAAAAACGCAUUUGAUUCCGCCGGACUUUUAUUUUUUUUUUAUUUAAUGAAGAAGAAAGCCAGUGACCCAUGGCAUGAACAAAACAACUAAGUCAUUUUUCAAGAUGUAAACAACUAAGGGCAAUGACACGUAAUGUCUUACAAAGCCGGAACUCAUCUCCUGGAUUUCAAGAUCACGAGUGUAAGAACAAAAAUAACAAAAAGAUACCACAAACAGCACCGAGACUCAACAACUUGAACCAUCACAACAACAAGUGUCACAACCAUGAUCACGAGUACAACUAACGAUUUAAUCUACAACCAGAUAUAACAGCAACCUAAUGAUAGUACAAUUUAAAAAACAAAACAAUGUUUAACGGGCACAAACUGUAACAAAACUCACGACAAACCAGAAAUAUAAAAAAAUAAACUUACAACCAUUAAUAUUCCUUUCACGAUGAUCAAUCUAAACAUAAAACAACUUAAUAUCUUUAUUAUCUUUGAAGUCACAUCACACUAAGUGCCCGACAACAUUUCAAGAAGUAUUAGAUCCAUGGCCAUGCUGGGCCGAUCACUGUAUGGUAAGCGUGGAGAGGUACAGCAGACCUUUGAUAACAAUGAAGGAGGCGGAGAGAGAUGUAGCCUCAGCAUCAUCCACAGUAAACAGUUUAUCUGACAUAAGACUUUUGUUAGAUUGACCUUUAGGGCAUAUGUAUACUAAAGUUUUUAUUAAAUUCUGUGACUUUAACCAAUACUGUAACAUUGACCAUUACGGUGACGUUAACCAGGUUUAUAUUUGUCAUUGACUACAAUUCCAGUACGUCUUAAUGUUUUUGUUGGUUAUGUUUGCUCUGAAUCUGGUAACAAUGUGUGAAUGUACUGUAGGACCCAAUCAAAGAAAAUAUUACAAAGAUAUUAUUGAACAUAUCUUUAUUCUCAAACUCAUCUGUCAAAUGUUUAAUUUAGUUAGAACGUAUCACACACACACACACACACACAAUCAGAACAGAUAAACGUUACACUUAUUUAUCUUAUUGCAAAUUAUUACUGAUAUUGUCAGUUUUAUAGUUUGCGUUAAUACUUGCCGCUGGUCAACACUUGGUGUAUAUUAUGUAUACUAUACAACUAGAAGUAAUGGCCUUAAUAUAAAUAUUUUAAUGUUAUUUUUUAAAUUUUUAACAUUUUGGAUUUAAGACAAAAUUUUCUUAAUAGUUUGAUCUUAUUUAUUUUCUGUCUUUUGUUGUUUAUUGCUAAAUAUACUAUAUGUGAUAAAAAAUUGUGACGUUGCGUGACAGAAAAUUCAUUCGCAGGUAAAAAAUACAUCUAUUGCCUUCAUUAAUCUUAAUACGGAAAUAUACACGACGAUAUAGUGCCAUUAAAUCAAGGAAACAUGUAGUUAUGAACACCAUCCAAGGACAACCAAUUUGUAUAACUAGAUCUUCGUCUUAGGCACAAUGUUAAGAUGCUGAUGCUAUAUUCAUUAUGUCACACAUUACGUCAGUCACUUUCGUAGUAAAUACAGUUACUAUAUUUACACUCGACUUCCUCGUUUAAUUUACGAUGAAAAAACAUGUUGUAAAAUUCCCAGUUAGAAUAUCGCGCACCGUAAAUUGAUAUUCAUGUAGUGACGGAGGCUGUUAGUGGAACCAUUGUUUUUGUGGGCUAAUGAUGUCACUGUAAACAUGGACCCACACGACCACAGGGUGUGUGUGUGUGUGUGUGUGUGUGUGUGUGUGUGCGUGUGUGAGAGCGGAAAUUACAGCGCUAAAGUUCCCGUAAUAAACCAGAAUCGCGUUUUGUCCAAGUAAUGUUGUCUGGCACUGACUCGGAGCAUCAAUUCCUUGUUUGACUCUCAUGCAAGCGAGGCGUGGUGAUAAAGAUGUGCUUGUCCGUUUACUCCGUUCCACCCACAAAACGUUCAUACGUUCACAAUCACUUGUUAAUACACUGUCACUGUACACACACCAUAUAAAUAGAGUAACACAUUGUGUAAUGUAUGUAUGCAUGUAUGUAUGUAUGUAUUCCUAAAAGUACAUUUAUCUUCAUAUAAGCCAGCCUAAGAAACCAUAUACAAGGAAGUAUAAAUGUAAAUGCGGAUUAACACUCAUAGACGUAAACAAAUGCAUAUUAGUCACACACACACACAGGUCAUCACCAACAGUCACCCUCGGGAGAAAGAGAGGAAGAUUUGGUAAAUAUACCAUCACUGUCAUCCUGUGAUCCCCUGCCAGUUCCUCCUCCUCCUUUCUCCCUAUUACUCUCCCUCUCUCUCCCCUUCCCUCUCCUGCCUUCUCUCCCUCCUUCCCUCUCCCCCCACCCCCAAGUAAACAGUAACCCAAUCUCGCUUCUGCCUUGGGACAUUAAAUGGUCAGAUAUGUCCAUUUAAUGUCCCAAUAGACAUAGUAUUGGCUAUUGUCCUCUCUGAUGACUGGGAUGGCGACAGUUUACUCUAAAUUAAAGGAUUAUUGAGACAAACCUCGGUAAUUAUUAGCACUAUCAUGACUGCUCAUUAUCUUAUAUAUACUGGGCGUCAUAAGCUUUAGAAUAUUCUUAAGUUGUCUCAUAUUUUUUUUUUGUGAAGUUGGUAACUGGUUCUCUGUAACUCACCUGAAUGUAUAGUGAUUCAUAUUAGUGCAAAACCUAUAAAUGACGAGAAACAAAAUAACUGCAGUCUGUAAUACAGAUCGUCCUAACUUUGGACCCAGAAUACGUAGAAUAAUAAUCCGAAAUAUUUUAUUAUAUUUUUGGCAUUAAAGCGAACUGUGUGGGGUACGGGUUACUGUGGCCCUUCGUAAGGUCUAUUUAUGCCGCUAAAGUUCGAUGUCAUAUGUGAAUUUUUAAGAUUCUAAGUUCCAUCCAAUGUCAUUUCAUAUAAUUAUUAAAAAAAAAUUAUUAUCAGUGUCAACAAGCUGUACCGAACCGAUACAUCCGGAUCUUCUAUGCUGGUCACAUACGUUUAUGAAGAUGAAAUAUGUUGCAGUAAGUGACAUCAAACCUCAGAAUGACUAAACUAUAAAACUUCAGGUGGUGGUGCUGUUUUAACCACUUGAAGGUAGGUGGUGGUAAAGGUUGGUGUUGUGGCUGCUUGAGGCUUGGAGGAAAGAGACGUCAGGGCGUGUUAGUAGCAAGUUGGCCGUAUCUCUCACACUUCCUCCGUACAAGUCCAAGUGAAUAACGCUUUGUUGUGUAUCUAGGAAGAAAUUCGUUUCAUGAUAUGAAUAUUUGUGCCUUAAUGAUGGUGUGAGUUAUAUAGAUUGCUGUGGUCUGUUUUAAGAAAAUCCUUUUUUUGAUAUAGUUUUGUGAAAUACCACUUAAGCUUUACUUAAAAGCAAACUUGGUGUGUGUGUGUGUGUGUCGAUAUAUAAUUCAUAGCUGUUACCAACUUCCGAUGAAUUAUCACAAUUACUCAGUUACUUAUACAUUCUUAUACAUUGAUUGAUUCCAGGACAUUUACUUACUUUGCAGUAGACUGGAGCUGUAGAGUGGGUAGUGUACUGUAUACUGUAGUGUUAUUGUAGAACAUCCAAUAUUUUCAUGUUAUUUCUGGUGUCCAGAGAACUCGGUGAUAUUCGAUUUAUUUUUAACGAAUGAGAGAUAUUAUAUAAACUUGUCUGGUAACAGUGACGUGUGUUGGUGAUGGUGAGGGCUCUUGGGCAUCAGUUCGCUCACCUGUGCCAAUGUUUUUAUUAAAAAGAAAAGUUUAUUUCUCAACAAGUGUGAACCAUUUAUUGUUAUUUUUUAUUUUAAGAUAUUAAUUAUAUACAAAGUUAGUUUAUCAUUCAGUGACAUGUAGGUGACGUCACAAGGAAGAUUUAAUGCAGAAUGAUGACGUCUGAAGAAACUAUCAUCUGAACUACGACGUUUAGGGUAAAAUAUCAGGUUACUGACAACAUAAGGGUGAGCAAUAAGCCAACGCCUAAUUAUUUAACAAAUGAUGUCAGAGUUACUUGACAAACGUUUAGGAUGAACCACCUUAUCAUAUUACCACCUCAUUAGUCCCAGCUGGUUGAAGGUUUAUCACCUAUCACGUCCGCUGUGCAGCAGGAGCAGGAUAGACCAUCUUUUGAUUAUUAAAUUGCUAAAAGAUUUCCAGCGGUUACAGUGUCAUCAACCUUUAUUUCACGUAUGAAUUGUCUAUAAAUCCCAUAGCUAUAAUAUUUGUCAGAUGAUAUUAGGAUUAGUGUUAUUUUUUCAGCAACUUGUAAAUAAUUUGUGAAUAGUCUGAAUGCAGAUACUAAUCUAGUGUGCAUCUUUAUAAAUAAAUAAAUAUAUAUAUAUAUAUAUAUAUAUAUAUAUAUAUAUAUAUAUAUAUAUAUAUAUAUAUAUAUAUAUAUAUAUAUAUACAAAAAAUCAAUAGAAGAAUUCCAUGUUGAUGAACUCUAAUAACAACAGCUAGAGGUUAUUCUGUUCUGUACAUGUGAACAUAAACUUCUGUCUCGUUUGUUUAUGAGGUUGAGUAAUGUCAUUUCUUCCCUGUUGUGUGAUUGGGAGUCCUUGGAAGAUUCAUAAAUUAUUGUAUGUUUUAUUUAGUGAAUCAAUGACUAUUUUUAGUAAUAUAUGAAACUCUUAUUCAUAUUACCUGUUACGAAUCUUAUACACAGAUAACCAGUCGCAGCCAAGAAAAUGCAAUUUGAAAAUUGAUUGACGGCCACUCCACACCCAAAUAGAUGCUUACCUCAUCGAGGUGUUCCACAAGUCAAUCAAAGCAAUUGUUUACCUCAUGUGUGCGUUCCACAGGUGACGUCACAGAGCGUAAGUUGUAGUCUCAUCUCAGAGUGUCUUGCCAUAACUUAGUGAAAUAAUAGCAAUAUGAUUUUGAUGUUGUCACGAGGAUACGUCCAGCAGUACCUAUAUUUAUCUCAGUGUAAUUCUAACACUGCACUAGCGUAAAUGGUUGGUUUGUACAAUGAUGAACGUUUCUAAAUCAAAUUUAGAUUCACAAUGAUUCAUACCAAAAAUAAAUAAUCCCAUAAACUGUAAGAUGUGGAACGCCUCUCACUCGUUUACACAGAUAAUAAUCAAAAUGGUGCCAAGAUUUUAUCGGAGUCUUCCAAACUUAGCCGAGUUCUAUUCUCGUUUAUGGGAAAAGUGGGCUUUUUUUAAAGAAUUUGGCCAUAUAUAUAUAUAUAUAUAUAUAUAUAUAUAUAUAUAUAUAUAUAUAUAUAUAUAUAUAUAUAUAUAUAUAUAUAUAUAUAUAUAUAUAUAUAUAUAUAUAUAUAUAUAUAUACACUGUAUGAAUCUAAUGAUUCUAAACAAUAUUCCUACGUUAACAAAGGUUCUAGCUAUUGUAAUUCUUCAGUGUAAAAACUCUCAUUGCGGAUUCAGUUUCAGAAACCCUUAGAAAAUUUUUAUUACAAAAAUGAGAAUACAAUAGAAAAUAGGGCAAAGUUGAUGUAGCUUUAACUUAAUGCUAAUGUAAAAAGCUUGUACUUAUUUGCCAAAGAAUAUUGUUCUGUAUUUUUUGCAUUAAAUAAACACGAAACAAUUUCUGAA